CUUAUGAGCUAGUCAGAAAGACAGGUACAGAUGGUACAAAUGUACUGAUGGAAUGAUUUACAAAGUAAUUGGCUUGAGAGUAUCUGUCAGUGAUGAUGUUCAAAACGUUGUGUGUGCUGUUUCUAGUCCUUGCCAAAGGCUGCCGUUCACAGCUGAAUGUCUGUGGCAUAGCUUCUCUGAACACCAGGAUCGUAGGAGGACAGAAUGCUGUUCAGGGGUCUUGGCCUUGGCAAGUCAGCUUGCAGGUGUCCAGCCAUUUCUGUGGUGGAUCCCUUAUCAAUAAUGGCUGGGUCCUUUCGGCAGCUCACUGCUUUAACAGUAUAAGUUACACCAGCGUGACUGUGAAACUCGGGAUGUAUGCUCUGGCUGGAAGCAACCCAAACAGUGUGUCAAGAUCCAUCGCUGCGGCCUACAUACAUCCCAACUACAGCGAUUCUACUAGUGACAAUGACCUCUCCCUUCUGCAGCUGUCUUCUCCUGUAACUUUCACAACUUAUAUCACUCCAGUCUGCCUGGCUGCAGCAGGGAGCACUUUAUUCACUAACCUGCAGACAUGGAUCACUGGCUGGGGAAAUAUCAACACUGGAGUCAGUUUACCCUCUCCUGGGAUACUACAGGAAGUUCAAGUCCCAAUUAUUGGAAACAGGCAGUGUAACUGUUUAUAUAGAGUUGGAUCUAUCACUGACAACAUGGUGUGUGCUGGGUUACUGCAAGGGGGCAAGGACUCAUGUCAGGGUGACUCCGGAGGUCCGUUGGUCAUCAAACAGGGCUCUCAGUGGGUCCAGGCUGGCAUUGUGAGCUUUGGUAAUCAAUGCGCUUUACCAAAAUUUCCGGGUGUGUAUACGAGAGUUUCUCAGUAUCAGGGUUGGAUCAAUCAAAUAAUCACCACCAAUGAGCCUGGCUUUCUGACAUUUACAUCCAGUGGCACUAACAGUGAUCUCCAGGUGUCCUGCACUGGCCUGCCACCUGUUACCACGACAGCUCCCACAACAGUAGCACCUGUGGUAUGUGGAAGUGCUAAUCUCAAUAAUAUUCCCAGCACAAACAGUCCUUUGGCAUCAGCCGGUGCAUGGCCAUGGAUGGCCAGCCUGCAGCUUAACGGUAGUCAUGUUUGUGGCGGAACGCUGAUAGCCCAGCAGUUUGUCAUGAGCUCAGCUGAUUGCUUCUCUAGGUCGAGCCAACCCUCUGACUGGACCGUGAAACUGGGUCGGCUCAAUCAGAAUGGCUCCAACCCCAACGAAGUAAAUGUCUCCGUGGCUAAUAUCACAUUCAGCAAUGGUAGCAGCAAUAACAUCGCAGUGCUCAUGUUGUCUACCACACCUACCCUUUCCAACUUCAUCCAGCCUAUAUGUGUGGACCUAGGGAACAGCAACUUUAGCAUUGGCACUCAGUGCUGGGCAGCUGGCUGGGGCUCAGGAGGAGGAGGUACAGUUCAACAAACACUUCAGCAGUUCAACACGACUAUAGUGAGCUGUGGAAAUACAUCUUCAUCAAACAGCAUCUGCAUCAACGCCAUACAGUUAGAACAGACUCAUACCGGAGGUCCUCUAAUGUGCAGGAGUGGGCAAUCUUGGGUGCAGAUUGCAGUUUUAACCCUCACCAACAAUAACUUGAACAGCACCACUAAUUCUACCACCAGCUCCAACAGCACCACUAAUUCUACCACCAGCUCCAACAGCACCACCAAUUCUACCACCAGCUCCAACAGCACCACUAAUUCUACCACCAGCUCCAACAGCACCACCAAUUCUACCACCAGCUCCAACAGCACCACCAAUUCUACCACCAGCUCCAACAGCACCACCAAUUCUACCACCAGCUCCAACAGCACCACAAAUUCUACCACCAGCUCCAACAGCACCACUAAUUCUACCAACAGCUCCAACAGCACUACUGGCUCCACAAAAUCAUUGUCACCACGUGCCUCAGGAAUACAAACCUUCACUAAGCUAUCCUCUUUUUCAUCUUUCUUGAACGCUAUAGUGAAAUCCUUCCCUCCAUCCUCGGUAUCCAGCAACUUACCAGGCAACUUACCUUCUGGCUCUAAAUCUCUGCCAUGUCUUCCAAUUACCUCAGUCCUUCUACUGUCCCUUAUUGCACUCAUCCAAACCUUUGGUUUGGAAUAAGUGUCUCUAAUAAGCUAAUAUACACGAAAUUAAAAAAUGGCACCAUUUAUAAGGAGAAAAGUACAUGAUAUCUCUAUUGAUUCAUCUUUCACGUUUACAAUUUAUUUGUUGUUGUUGUUGCACUUUUUACCUGACUAGGAGGUUACCAUACAGAUCUGGAAUACAGAUAGCUCAUGAUCUUGGGUAAAUAUCCCAUUCUUUAUAACUUUCUUGUUAUACACAAGCAUUUUGAUUAUGUAGACUAAAUUCUAUUUAAAACAAAGCAGCAUGUCAACCUACAAGAAAACAAAACUAGUUUUAUGGUUAUGAUUUGUUGAAUAGUAAGGAGUUGAAGACUAGAUAAUAAAUCAAAACUAGUUCUAUUCCAUAUACACAUGAGCGUAGGCCUCUGUGUGCUCGUGUGUAUAUGGAAAAGAACAGAUAAUACUCUACUCCAAGCAUGUUUAGCUUUCCUACACAUUGUGUAGGGCAAAAUGCUAGUUUACUAUUUUACAUUAUUUUGCUAAAUUCUGUUGGACAGUUAAAGUUGUGCAUUGCUUUAGAUUAAAAUGCCAGACAAUGCUGUACAGUGUUGGAGAGAAUUCAAUACAAUUGGGAAAUUUCAGAUCUUUCUAUCACCAAACUGCCUAAAGUCUAAUUUUUAACCCUUAGAUGAUCAGCUGUAUGUCACUUUGAAAUAAGUAAUCAGGUAAAUGUAUCAGAUUAUAUUUUUAUUUAAAAUUUAUUUUCUGUAUGUUACUGGAAACAUAAAGUGAUGUCAAAUAAAGUACAGUAAAGAUACAGUACAAUAUAGUAAAUAUGUAUUACAAUUAUUUAAUGUGAAAUUUAUAGUGCUGCAAGUACAGGCCAGUAAAUUACUGUACAUGUUUAUUUAUUUAUUUUUUUAAUGAUCUGUCAGUGGAAUAGACCAUAAUGAGUAGUCGGGUAUAAACUGGCAGGGAUUAAACUGAGGGAAAUCUCGGUCAAAAAACAAAUAAAUAAAUCAGUGAAGUAAAAGAAAAAACUAGGCAGCAUAGUUAAAGUAUUUAAAGUUUAGUUGAUCAAAAUCUUUUUUUACUUUAAUAUUUCAUACAAUUAGGAGACAUAUACUCAUCUAAAUGAGAUAAGCACAGGCUCCCCAUGACCCGAGGUAGUUCGCAUCAGCGGGAGAAAAUGAGUAAGUGAGUGAGUGAGUGAGUGAGUGAGUGAGAGAGUGAGUGAGAAAAGAAAAGAAAGCUUCAGCUUCAGAGUUGAUGAAUAGUAGAGUUGAAGAUUAAAAAUUUCAGAAACUUUAUCUCUAAUGGGAAAAGAGACAGAGAUAGUAUCAAAAUUUAAAGUUCCAAAAGUUCCCUAAUGUGAUAUAUCAAUAGUGCAGAAUCAAUAGCAAGCUGCGUUAUAAGAUUUUAAGUCAGGGUUGUUGUUGUUUUUUUUUUUAGUAAUUCCUGAGCUUUACUCAUAUUCUGCAAGCAUUAUUGUUUCAUUUAUUAUUUUGUACAAGUUGAGUACAUGUUGAAUGUAACUAUGAAACUGUAACAAUUUUGCUACUAUAGGUUUAAUAGUUUUGCUCUUACUUUGGAAUGUUUCCUAUAAUACAUGGUACAUACAUGCUUUUCCAAAAAAAAAAAGGUUUGGUGGGUUUUGUGUCAUUUUAUAAGUUUCCUUUAAAGUUUUAUUUAUUUUUUUACAGAAGGAAAAAUCAGUGCACAGAAAGGAUUUUUGUAUUGUAAUGUACAGAAAUUGAGCAUGAGGAUAAAUAAAAAAUGCCCUUCAGGCACUGUUAUUAAUUACUGUUUA